UUGGUUACAGGCUUCCUGACGUAGAUGUUGGGGCGGGGUUCGAGCUCGGAGUGUGCCGUGGUGUCCCAGAGAGAGGGACCGGCGGGUGCUAGUGCUCGGCGUCAGCAUGACCGAGGAGUUCACCGGUUCCCUUACCCCGCCCUUCUCCCCGUACCUCACCGAGAGCCUGGAGCUGGGCAGCGGCGGGGAGUGCAGGCCGCCCCGCUUCACCUGUGCCCAGGAAAGCAGUAGAGAUGGCGGGAAAACGUUUUCCUUUGAUUCUUACUUAAUGACCGGCGCGCUAAAGAGGCUCCUGCUGAAACUUGACCCUUCUCCAACUGACUAUGAGGCUGAUAUUGUAGAGAUUUUUGGCUUCCAGUGGGUAACUGAAACCGCUCUUGUAGAAUCAACAGACCUUUUGUUUGGACUGCUAAGGCAAAAAAUAAGCGCUCUUGAAAGCUUAACUCAGCCCAUCUCUGACUUUGGGCUAAUAAAUAACAUACACAAUGAGGCAGAAGAAAUCCGAAAUCAAUGUACCAAGUUCUUACAUUAUGUCAAAGUAUUUAUAUAUAGGUUUUUAGGCUAUUCAAAGCAUAUGGAAGACACUGUAUCUCAUCCCUAUGAGGAAAUGGAAGCACUACUUCCCUCCAAAAUCGUAGAAGAGCUACAUGGUUUGAGCUUAUAUAUUGGAAGUCUUAGUGAAAUACUAAGCAGCGUUCUUGGAGCCUUCUCCAUUCAACAUUAUGGCAAGGUCUUUCCAGCAUCCUGGCAUUUGCUUCAUCUUCACUUAGAUGUUCAUUGGUCCAUCUUAGAAAUCCUGCAGAUUCUAGGAGAGAAAUUACAAGGUCAAAUUGUGUAUGCUCAUCAGUUUAUAAAUCUGAUUGGCGAAAAUUUAACAAGUGUGAGCUUAUUUGAAGACCAUUGUGAAAACUUAAUGUGUAGUCUUAUUACUUUGGCAGCAACUUUGUAUUCCAAGGUGCGCCCAUCUGAAGCACUGAGUAGUCAAUUUCAUUCUUGUAUGUGUAUCAAAGAGAUGUGGAUUUUACUAAUCCACCUUCUUGACCAUAGAAGCCAAGGCACCUCAGAGAGCUUCUGGAAUUUGAUCAGUAAAUUGUUGAGGAGCCUUCUUCAGGGUAACAGUGGGACUGGAGCACAUCCCAUUUGCAGUGCGGUACAGUGUAAAGAUCCUUUAGGACUUUGUUGGUGGCUCGUGUCACAUGUUUCACCACUGUAUCAACUUGACAGGAAUGGCAUUCCAGAGGAGAAUAAUGAAAUAAAUUCAAACUGGAAUUUUGUGGAAGAGAUUUUAAAGAAAUCAAGUGAUGUGCAGAAUGGAGUCCUAGAAGAUCAACUCCGGAUGCAUCUACAGUGCUGCUUGUCCUUGUGUAACAUUUGGGAACCAAACCUUACAGUAGCUACCAUACUGUGGGAAUAUUACAGCAAGAAUCUGAACAGUGUGUUUAAUAUAUCUUGGCUUGGAAUAAAAUCUUUGGCCAGUAUCAGUAAAACCCCCUUUACCAUGUUGGAGAUUGUGAAAAACUGCUGUGCUGAUGAACAAAGUCUUGACCUUUACAAGUCUGAUAACAGUUACCUGAUUUUCCUAAGGAUCGUGGCACGCCUAAUGAAAAAUGCCAAGUAUAGCAGUGGUGCACAUCCAUGGAAGCAAAUUAAAGGAAGAAUUUACUCUAAAUUCCAUCAGAGGAAGAUGCAGGAGCUCACAGAGAUUGGCCUACAGAACUUUUUUACCCUUUUUCUUUUACUGGCCACUAUAGCAGAGACUGAAGAUGUGACAAGUCGUGUGUUGGAUCUUUUACAUUUUCUAGUACCCACCAAUCUAAGUAUUGCACAGCAGACACUAGUGUGGAGAGGCAAUUUUGCAUUUAUUUUACUUUAUGUGGAAAAAAACAUGGACUUAAGUGUACUAGCUGAAAAGGUCUCCCACAGUUUCCGGGAAACGGCUAAGGAGUUCUUGGUGUCUAAGGGUGACUAUGGCCAGAAGCAUACACAUUGGAAGCUGCUUUCUACGUACAUUGAUGGUGUUCAAGAGGUUUUUGAGACAAGCUGCUUCUUACAACUUUCUGAAGAGAAACUACUGAAUGACGGCUUCAGUAUGUUACUGCCAGCAUGCCGAGAGUCUGAGCUGAGUGCAGUUCUUCAUUUUCUGCAAACAGCCAAUGCCAGGCUCAGAAACAUCCAUAGCCGAGCUGCCCAAGGACUUGGGAAUGCUGGCAUCUACCCCCAAUCCUCCCUGUCCGUAGCAAAAGAGCACCACCUAGCUGUCGCUAGUGCUCUCUGGAGAAAUUUCUUCCCUUUCCUAAAGAACUUAAGACUUUCACAGACUCCUCCCUCCCAGCUAGCUGACACAGCAGCAGGCUUCACACUUUUAGCUUUAGACAUGCCCAGCAGUGUUCCCUCUGAACUUCAGCCCCAACCUUUUGUGUCAAUGAUGCAGCUCUUUGGGUGGGAUGAUAUGGUCACCCCCCAACUGGUGUCCCGCUAUCUGAGUCAUUUAAUUCCAAACAGUUCAUUGACCGAUUCUUUCAUUGGCAUUGGAUAUUCAUCUUAUCAGGCUCUGUCAAUUCGAGCUUGGAUACGAUGUGUAUUACAGAUGUAUAUCGAUCAGCCAGUGGGUGCUAUCAUUGAAAUAGAAACAAACUCAAUCCUGGCAGACCAGCUUAUGGAGCUCACCAGAUUAGUGUUUAAGCUUCCAGAAGCAGAAAACAUCCUAAGUAAAGCAAAAAUUGAGCCAAAAAGUUACAAGCAAGAUCCAAAAAGUGCACUUUUACAGUUUAUCAAGGCAACGGGUAUAGCAUACAGUGAUUUACAAACUUUGUCAGAAAAGUCUGCUAUGGUUUCAAAAUGCCAAGAAUACCUUGGGGAUAUCCUAAAGUAUGCUAAGCCAUACCUAACUAAGAAAGGGCCGGCUGAGGGUCUGAAAGUCACUUACAGGACCAUGGGAUAUCUUGUGCGGUAUUGGGCAUUGAUCCUGGCCACUUCCAAAGCACAGCAGCUCCUCUUCCGUAUCAUUGAUUUACUACUUUUACCACAUAGCUUGUUCCAAAAAGAUAAGAGUUUGCCGCCAGCUAUGCUCUCUGCUAUACGGGAGAGCUUGCCUCUCUUUCUACAGGGUCUCUCUAUUAUAUCUCGACAAUCUCAAGCGCAAGCUGCCUACGUAAAGCAGCAGCUAAUAACAACUAUUCAGCAAUAUUUUGGGAGGUUUCUUCCUAAUGCUCCUUCUUCCUCUACAACAGGAAGCCACCCUGUCCUCCUAGCUGUGUGUGAUUGUGUUCAAAGUGCACACACAACCAACCUCAGGAGGAUUGUAAUGCAAGUGAUAAGUGACAGCUACUUGCAAUUCAAAGGUCACUCUCCACCUCCACGCUUGGCCUCCAUUCUGUCUUUCAUUCUUGAUAUUUUCCAAAGAAGCAAGGUCAUUGAUGUGGCCGAUGCAGAGUCUCUUCUUCCUCCUGUACUAAAGUGCUUGGUAUUGGUCAAUGAGCCUCAAGUGAAGAAGCUUUCUACGGAUGCCCUGCAGCACAUGGUGGAAGGCUGCCAAGCUGUACCACACGGUGAAGCUGGAACUCGUCUCACAUCUAUUUUACGGCAGUUCAUUCAAGAAAACAGUGGGGUGUAUGACCAUCAGAUAUUUGCCAUUUUGGAGACCCUCGCUAUUAUAGACCAGUCACUUGUUGUCAACCUGAUUCCUACAAUAAGUCACAGCCUGAAAGAGUCAGAGCACAAGCGUGGGCUGGGGAGGAAUGCUGCGUCCAGGGAGGCUUACAGAAGAUUGCUAUCUCAUCUGGGUGAGCAAGGACAAGAUGAGCUGCGGAUACUAGAAAAUGAGAGAUUUUAGCCUUCUACUGGUGUCCAAUUCGGCACUCGAACACAACCGUAACAUUCAGCGAUAGUACUGGUAUUUGCUUGGAACUGCAGCAACUAACAACAUAGUCAUUGGUGGCAUUUGAGUCCUGUGUAAAUAUGACGUAUUUUACAGUGCAAUUUGUAAAUGUAAUUAUUUUCUAUUUAUGUUGAAGUUGUAUCUGAGCUGUUGGCACUAUUUGACAAGUUGAAGUAGUUCUUUUAACUUAAAUUUAAGAUUUUUUUAAAUUUUUGUUCUACUUGAUAUUACCAGUGAUAUUUUAACCUUGUAAGCAACGCUCCAAAAUUAUAAAAAUGAUUAGGAAUA